AUGCCCGGCGUCAUCAUGGACAAUGCCAAUGUCGAGGGAACUCCGCGGAGGCCUGGUCUCAACGAGGCUACCAAUGGUGCCCUGGGUUCUAUGGGGUCUAACGAAAAGUUUGGUCAACGGCCAGCCCUCGCGAACGGGCCGGUUCAUGUGAAUGGCGCAGGACGUGAAGCCGACAACUCGAACCAACUUUCCAAGACGACGCAGCGGGUCGAAAAGCUUGCUCCGACACCAUUCGAGAUUCCUCAUAUCACGCAAGGUUUCUUCCCAUUCGGAACACUCGUCAAUCGAGCCGUGCAAAACUGUUGGAAUGAGUUAUCAGAAUUAAUUUCGGAAUUGGCGACCAUCCAAGUCCCCGCAGAUCACUCAACUGCACCUGGCGCAAUCGGCAAGUCCCCCGGGAACCAGUCUGCGCAAAACAUGCACAAGAAGCUCAAGAUUUUGGAAUGGGGACAAGCCAAGAGAGCGGAGUUUAUCAAACUUCUCGUCCUUUCAGAUUGGAGCCGACAAGCGGCAGAAGUCAGUCGGCUUAUUGAUAUCCAAGGAUUCAUUCGCACUCGACACCAGGCGUACACGAAUGCGAUGAAUUUCGUGGGUGUAAUGAAACAAGAUCUUGUUCGAGCACAGGUGGCUAAUCCGGAUCUGAAAACGGCACUCGAGGUUCUCGCCAAGGGCAGGGUAACCUCUCUACCAGAUUUUGGCUACAAGCCCCCAAAACCGCUCUCUGCACGCGCAACUCUCAAAAAAUUGCACAAGAUCAACCGGAUCAUCAGUGCGAGGCUAAUAUUGCAAGACCAAGUACCACAUGCCUUACGACAGUAUCGCGUCCACGAUGGCCGAGUGACCUUCACAGUAGCUGGAGAAUUUGAACUUGAUCUUUCCGUUGCGCAGGAGGCGAAGACCUCCCAAUUCUUUUUCGUUGACAUUCGAUUCCUCUUCACUCCCUCUUCACCGAUUCCCAAAGGCCGCAUUCUCAACGAACUAGAGGUUGAGGUCAACCGAAUACUUUUUAGCGAUGGCCUGCUUGGAUGCUUCAAGUUCCUGCAUGGCUUGGUCCUCACAAACAAGGUCAACACUCUCUUUAGACAAGCUCAAGAGCUCGCACGAGGACUAUGGGCGAACUUAUUACGCAUUGAGCUACUCCAUCGCACCCUUGUCGUUCAGUACUGGCCAUCGAGGGCAGGACCCAAGAGCUGGAUUGAGAUCGGCGUUCGAAGGGGUAGCGUUGACGCGAAGAUCAAGGUCCCACACCUUAAUCUUCGCUGGAUGCGCGAUGGCCAACAGGCAAACGGCGUUGAUAUCAAGUUCGAUACGGACGCACUCUCCAUGGAGCGCACCCUUCGAAGCGUGAUCGCACUACAUACAUCGCAUGUGCUCUCCUCUGCAUACACCGUCUUGAGAAAACAUCUUCUGUUUACCAAUCAUGUUCUCUCACUCCGGGGCCAGCUUUCCUCGUCAGAGCCCAGCGAUUGUUAUCUUGACCUGCAGCUGACGACCACUCGACACCUGCGGGUCUCUAUCGAGCCUCAGUCUGGAACCGUCACGCUCGCCGGUACACCAAGUGUGGUGGAGCGCUCAGAGGGUGAGCGAGCUCCGGGCAAGUCAGCAGUGGAGGAGCUAUUAUCUCGGAUCGCUCGCAUUCGCUGUGCCACUGCAGCGGAGGAGAUCGAAUCUGGCACCAAGGCACUUGGGCUGGAGAGUGUCAAUCACAGGGCAGUGGGAAUUGACAUUCGCAAGCUGUUCCCACCUAAUACCGUCCGCUCCGCCUUCUUUACACAUCAAACAUGGGAUCGUCGCUGGAUUGCCGCCGCAACGAGCAGCAUGGAUGGCGACCAAUGGUGGCUGGUGCAACUUCGGCCAGAGUCUCGGCGCUCAGCGCUGCCGUACACUGUUACUGAGGGCGCUUCAAGUCCCGCGUUAGCGCAUGCUGUCAGCAGCACUCUGAUGGGAGCGGGGCGUCGAUUCGAUUACACUGCGUGCGCAGAGCUAGUAUACGGUCUAACCGGUAUGCUCGCGAUUUACGCCAAUGCUCGAUGCUUGACAGACUUGCCCGGUGUGCGUUUCCAACCGCCUCUGGAGAAACUACAGCUCGAAUCAGACCUGCAGGUUCCCGAUCUCUACAUCGACUAUCAACCAUCCGCGCUCCCUGCAGCGUUUCAAAUACCUUUACCUGCUUCGCAUUUGCAGAAGGGCUCUUUCUUGGGGAACACGAUUCGACUUUCGUUCGAAGGUGUCGAUCGAAAAAGCAAUUCGGCAGUUUUGGUGGCGCACGGUACCUUACAACGGCGCAUCAAGUCACUCGGUCUUCUCAUCUCGCAAGUGGAUCCCGAGCUUCUCGUGCAGGACAAGGGAGGUGGUUUCUCGCUUCGCCUGGUCGUGCCAGCAGGGCAAGCUGCUGUGAUCGGACUCUUCGAGCGCUUGCAACGACUUGACUGCGUGAUCUAUAUCCUCCAAAAGCUGAUCCAGAAGGGCAUGGAGCCACGGUCGUUGUCUCUCUCUGGAUUUACUUUCCUCUAUGGCCCGGGGAAAAAGCUGCAGGCCAGAUUUGGGAUCGACGUCUCAGGACCUUCACUGUCGACUUACAUCGAUAUCCCCCAGGUCCUCUCACAGACCACUCCGAUCUUCCGCCUCUGCCUGAGGCUCAGCUUCGACAGCCCCAGCCCCCACCGCCGGAUCCAAGAGGCCUUGGCCGUUGUGCUUAACCACCGCUUUGCGGAGGUCGGUAUUGAUCCUAUUCUUGUCUUGAUGGCCGAUACGUUCCCCCUCCUUCGUAGCCUGGAUCAAAUCAUCACGAAACCAGGCCAGUCGGAGUCCUCCUUGGUCCAUUUCACCGUGCGGAGUCCCACCGUCUUCCAGAUUCACUAUCCCCGGUUAAGAUAUCGGUUCCGACUGUCCGCUCAUUUGCGACAUAGCCGGACUGAAUGGCUACUCGAGGACGCGAACCACCCGCCUCCAGUGGAGCCUAGCCCAGUCUCGGCCGCAGUCCGAGAAAACAUCUACAAUGCUAGGGGUGAUGGGUGGCAAGGUCUCGGAGACGGUGCCAGGGCAUCUAUCCAACGCAUUGGAGAUCUUCUUUCUAAACUGCACGAGUGUCUGGGCACUUGUCAGCCUGUCCCCGAGCCUGCUCCGGAAAGCACAAACGGGAAUGCGAAACCUACCUUGAAGCCCUCGCAAGAGAAACCGGCACCGCCACCACAGGCCAAAGCCAAAACGCCCUCACCGAAGAAGAAAAAGGCGAUGGGAAACAACGAUGUCAUCACGAUUGAUUAA